AACUGGUUCCCGGGCCACAUGGCGAAGGGCGUGAAGCAGAUCCGCGACGAGCUGCGAGCAGUGGAUCUGGUCGUCGAAACACGAGACGCGCGCAUCCCGCUGUCCUUCGAUCAACCCGCAGUUCGAGAAGCUGAUCGGCAGCAAGGCGCGCCUGGUGGUCUACAACAAGGCCGACCUGGCGCCAGCAGACUUGCAAGACGCCGUGCGCCACGAGAUGCAGAAGCGUGGCCAGCGCGCGAUCUUCACAGACACAAACAUCAACAAGAGCGUGAAGCGCGCGGUCAAGAUGGCCAAGGCAGACCCCGUGAAGUACCCGCAGUUUGCCAUCAUGGUUGUUGGAAUGCCGAAUGUGGGCAAGUCGUCAUUGAUCAAUGCGCUGCGGCGGAUCGGUGUCAACCGCGGCAAGGCGGUGAGCACAGGAGCAAAGCCCGGCGUGACAAGGACGAUGAGCAGCAAGGUCAAGGUGUUUGAGUCGCCGCCGGUGUACCUGGUCGACACGCCCGGCGUGAUGAUGCCGUUUAUUGCCGACCCAGUCACCGCGAUCAAGGUGGCGCUGACUGGUGGCAUCAAGGACAACAUCGCCGACGAGCUGGUGCUUGCCGACUACCUGCUGUACCGUCUGAACCGCUUCGAGCAACGCUGGGCAUUGACAGGGCCACCGACGACAUCAACGAGUUUGUGGAGCAUUCUGGGCAGGAAAAUAGGCGCUCUACGCCAGGGCGGUGAGCUGGAUGUCGACAAGACCGUGCAGUUUUUCCUUCGGACUUACCGCCAGGGACAGUUUGGUCGCCUGUGUCUGGACGAUCUCGACGCGAAUGCGGUUGAGGAAUUCUUCCAGCGGAAUCUGCAGGACGCACCACUGAGCAAAAACCAGAACAAGAAGCUGCUCAAGGCUGCACAGCGGCAGCGUGCAAUCGACAAGGCCAGGGCCAAGAACCUCCGGAGCUGAUAUGGCUGGGGGUUGUGUGGGACAAGGGCACACAGGACCGAUGGAGAAUGACCAGGGCCUGAAGCCUGCGGCUUAUAAAUUGCACAGCUUUUGCAGCCAAGAGCCUGUUUUUCAUUUUGUUUUUACGCCCACUACCAACAUUUUUAACACCCGGUUGCAAUGACACAGCCUGCUGGAAAGUCGCAGCAUUUCACUGACGAGGAGAAGGAGCAGCUUGCCAAGCUGCGCGAGCAGCUCCCCGACAUCAUCCACGAGGCGGAGAAGCAAUCCAAGGAGCCGGUCAGCUCCUCCCUCUGGGGCGUGUCCCUGCUGGACAAGGAUGGUGCGGAUGCCCGGGUGGACGUGAUCCUUGGCCAAGUUCCUGCGUGCGCGACCCAACGAUCUGGCCGCAGC